CGCCAGGGGCCAGACCCCGGCUUCCCGAGGGAGGAAGACGACCGAAGGCAGAGCUGCUUCUUUUCUCGCUGUUUUCCAUUUGCCCUCGGCUUCCCGGAGGGAGCGGCGCACUCUCCGGCCUUUGAGUGUUCAGUUUCUUUUGAUGGACAUUCGCCUUGCCGAAUCGGAGCGCCAGGCAGUCAAGAGGGUGUUGAAAAGCGUGCCUGGCGGCCAAUAGCCAAGCGGCACGGCCCGGCACCGCCAAUCGCCCAGGGCCCCGCCCCGGCGCGUGACGUCAGUAGGGUGGGUAGCAACAGUUGCCCCGGUGAGGGAAACGGAGGCGCCAUAGCCACGGUAGUCGUGGCGACCAAGCAACCCGGCAACGCGAGUCAACAACAACAAGCGCCCUGCCGACCCCCGCCCCCACGCCCCCGGCCCAGCCCGGGGGCCCCGGCGCGUCCCGUCCCCCUCGCCACACCGCCUCCGACAGCUCCGCGGGGCCCCUCCGCGGACGGAAGCGGGCAGAAGCCGAGGAAGAGAAAGGAAAAAAAAAAAGCCUUAUUUAUUACCAUUUUCCCCACUGUUGGCAUGGCAACCCAAGCGUACGGCGCUGAGAUGCAGGCCGUCCCGCAAGCAUCCCAGCCGCCGCAGGCCCCGCCCCAGGCCCCGCCUCCGCCGCCGCCGCCCCCGUCCGCGGCUCCCCAGCCCCCGCAGCCCCCUGUCGCCGCGGCUGCCGCCGCCGCCGCCACCCCCCAGCCCCAGUAUGUCACGGAGCUGCAGAACCCCCAGCCCCAGGCGCAGCCGCCCGGCAGCCAGAAGCAGUAUGUGACGGAGCUCUCGGCUGCCCCGGCGCCCCCGCAGGCGGCCGGUGCGCCCACCCCGGCCGCCGCGUCCCAGCAGUACAUCGUGGUCACCGUCGCCGAAGGUGCCAUGAGGGCCAGCGAGACCCUGUCAGAGGCCAGCCCGGGCUCUCCGGCCAGCCAGACUGGUGUGCCCACACAGGUGGUUCAGCAGGUGCAGGGCACCCAGCAGCGGCUGCUGGUACAGGCCAAGCCGGGCCACGUGUCACCCCUGCAGCUCACCAACAUCCAGGUGCCCCAGCAGGCUCUCUCCACGCAGCGUCUGGUGGUGCAGAGCGCGGCACCGGGCAGCAAGGGCGGCCAGGUCUCCCUGACGGUCCACGGUACCCAGCAGGUACACUCACCCCCAGAGCGAUCCCCAGUGCAGACCAACAGCUCCUCCGGCAAGACGGCCGGGGCCCCCGCAGGUGCGGUGCCACCACAGCUGCAGAUCCACGGCGUGCAGCAGAGCGUCCCCGUCACCCAAGAGAGGUCUGUGGUCCAGGCCACUCCGCAGGCGCCCAAAGCCGGCCCCGUGCAGCAGCUGACCGUGCAGGGGCUGCAGCCAGUCCACGUGGCUCAGGAGACCUCAGGCAGUCAGUUUCUCGCUAGGAAGGCAGAGCAGCGAGAGCCCCAGCCCACGCCGCCCCGUUACGUGCCGGGCGGCGCCGAGCAGUGGGUGGAGCUGGUGGGCACGCUGCCCCCGCACCUGCUCCUGCCGCCGCAGAAAGUGGUCCUGGAGCCACUGCCCGGGCUCCCUGCUCGGGGCAGCCCCGACCGGAGGGCCAGCAUCCAGAGAGUCCCCCACUUGCUAGUGUUCAGCACGGCCGCCACAGCCCUCAAAGUGCAGCAGCUGCAGCAGGUGUCCGUGCCGCACGUGUAUGCCAGCCAGGUGCAGUACGUGGAGGGGGGCGACGCCAGCUACACGGCCAGCGCCAUCCGCUCCAGCACCUACCCCUACCCCGAGACGCCGCUGUACACGCAGCCGGCCGGCACCAGCUACUACGAGGCGGCAGGCACGGCCGCCCAGGUCAGCACCCCCGCCACCUCCCAGGCCGUGGCCCCCAGCGGCUCCGUGCCCAUGUACGUGUCCGGCAGCCAGGUCGUCGCCAGCUCCGCGAGCAGCAGCGGGUCUGGCGGUGGCAGUGGCGGGGGCGGAGGCAGCAGCGGCGGUGGAGGUGGGGGCGGCGGCGGCGGGGGUGGCGGCGGCGCCGGGGCUGGUGGUGGCGGAGGCGGAAGCGGCGGCGGCGGAGCAGGCACCUACGUGAUCCAAGGCGGCUACGUGCUGGGCAGCGCCAGCCAGUCUUACUCCCACACCACCCGUGCCUCGCCAGCCACGGUGCAGUGGCUGCUGGACAACUAUGAGACGGCCGAGGGCGUGAGCCUGCCACGGAGCACCCUCUACUGCCACUACCUGCUGCACUGCCAGGAGCAGAAGCUGGAGCCGGUCAACGCCGCCUCCUUCGGCAAGCUCAUCCGCUCGGUCUUCAUGGGGCUGCGCACGCGGAGACUCGGCACCAGGGGCAACUCCAAGUACCACUACUACGGCCUGCGCAUCAAAGCCAGCUCGCCCCUGCUGCGGCUCAUGGAGGACCAGCAACACAUGGCCAUGCGCGGCCAGCCCUUCUCCCAGAAGCAGAGGCUCAAGCCUAUCCAGAAGAUGGAGGGUAUGACGAACGGCGUGGCCGCGGGGCAGCCCCAGGCUGCCGGGCUGGCGGACAUCAGCGCCCAGGUCCAGCAGUACCAGCAGUUCCUGGAUGCCUCGAGGACGCUCCCCGACUUCGCAGAGCUGGAGCUGCAGGGCAAAGCGCUGCCCGAGGGCGUGGGGCCCGGGGACAUCAAGGCCUUCCAGUUGCUGUACCGGGAGCACUGCGAGGCCAUCGUGGACGUCAUGGUGAACCUGCAGUUCACGCUGGUGGAGACGCUGUGGAAGACCUUCUGGCGGUACAACCUCAGCCAGCCCAGCGAGGCGCCGCCGCUGGCCGUGCACGACGAGGCCGAGAAGCGGCUGCCCAAGGCCAGCCUGGUGCUGCUGUCCAAGUUCGAGCCCGUGCUGCAGUGGACCAAGCGCUGUGACAACGUGCUCUACCAGGGCCUGGUGGAGAUCCUCAUCCCGGAUGUGCUGCGGCCCAUCCCCAGUGCCUUGACCCAAGCCAUCCGGAAUUUCGCCAAGAGCCUGGAGAGCUGGCUCACCCACGCCAUGGUGAACAUCCCGGAGGAGAUGCUGCGGGUGAAGGUGGCGGCGGCCGGCGCCUUCGCGCAGACGCUGCGGCGCUACACGUCACUCAACCACCUGGCGCAGGCGGCGCGCGCCGUGCUGCAGAACACGGCCCAGAUCAACCAGAUGCUGAGCGACCUCAACCGCGUGGACUUCGCCAACGUGCAGGAGCAGGCCUCGUGGGUGUGCCGCUGCGAGGACCGCGUGGUGCAGCGCCUGGAGCAGGACUUCAAGGUGACGCUGCAGCAGCAGAACUCGCUGGAGCAGUGGGCGGCCUGGCUGGACGGCGUGGUGAGCCAGGUGCUCAAGCCCUACCAGGGCAGCGCCGGCUUCCCCAAGGCGGCCAAGCUCUUCCUCCUCAAGUGGUCCUUCUACAGCUCCAUGGUGAUCCGGGACCUGACCCUGCGCAGCGCCGCCAGCUUCGGCUCCUUCCACCUCAUCCGGCUGCUCUACGACGAGUACAUGUACUACCUGAUCGAGCACCGCGUGGCCCAGGCCAAGGGCGAGACCCCCAUCGCCGUCAUGGGCGAGUUCGCCAACCUGACCACAGCGCUGAACCCCCUGGACGCAGACAAAG